AUGCCGCACUCAGUCGCCUCCCUCGAUUCCGUAUCAGUCUCAUCGGACGGCUCCCAUGACUUUGACGACGACGAGCUUCUCAUAGCCGAGCAGGAGUGGAGGGAGAGCUUGGGUCAGCUGCAGCAGGUCUUUGCCGUCGUGUUCCUUCCUAUCUUCGGCCGCUGGUUGGGCAGAAAGUGGAGUUUCUGGGCAUAUGCCCGCUACCUGAGGCUUGGCCUCAACAGCGCAUUCUUCUUUGGCGAGCGCAGCCCCACUCCGUCACAUUGACAUUCAUACGCGCUGACCAUAGCCUUCGCAGGUGUGAAACCACUAUUGUCGAGAUCGGCUACAAGCUCCUGUAGCAGCGCCCACUCCUCUCUUUUAUAUAGCCCGUGCAGUAGGAUGAACCAUGUAUCGUUGGCUGGGAACACCCUCCGCUGCAGCAUGUCCCUGUAGUAUUGCAU